AUGCAUAUCUAUACAACAUGUGGUGUUUGGGAGUUUGGAGCAACCACGGGAUGGGUUUUUUCGGCUGAUGAGAAAGGGGCUAGGCUACUGUUAUUGGAAUCAAGUUCUACCUUAGAGGUUUUUAAGAGAAUGGUUUUGGAAGAUUUUGAUAUGGAAGAAGAUAGCUUACCCGAUUUGGAGUUGAGUUAUCUACCUAAUGAGUUGAUCAAUACAUCAACUUGUCCACCUGUGAUCAUUGCAAAUGAUCGACAGCUUCAGAAUUUUGUUGGUUUUGUUCAAAAGUGUGUUUCUACUCGAUUGUGUGUAACAUCUAAAGCCAAAGUUGAGAAUAUGAAUGAACCAGACUUUGAUCUUAACAAGUCGCCAGCUGAUUCAAGUACUGCUCAAGAGGAGGGAAACUCGGUUGAUAGGGGGAACAAACCAGCUCCUGUGUUUGUUGAGAGGCAGUGCGAGAAAAAGAAAGAAAAGAUUAGAAGAGUCGAAGUUGAUGAGGAUGCCUAUCAUGCCGAUACCAUGAUCUCGGCCAAAGAGGACAUACAUAAGAUGUCAAAGUUUUCUGUGCUCAAUGUUAUUAAGAAGGGACAAUUGUUUGAGAACAAAACUUUGUUGAAGGCGACUUUCGAGAUAUAUGCAAUGAAGCAUAACUUUCACUACGAGGUUAUCAAAACGGAUAGACAACUUUGGUACGUUAGAUGUGAGGAUAAUGCAUGCAAUUGGUGUGUUCGAGCAGAGUGUUUGAAGGAUUCUGAAUAUUUCAUUAUCAAAAAGUAUGUCGGUGAACAUACAUGCGCACCUUCAAACAAAACCAAACCGGGUAGGACUGCUUCGGCCAAAACUAUAGGCAGUCUGAUUAUGCAUAGGUAUGAAGGGGUUAAAGAUGGGCCGAAAUGCAAUGAUAUAAUACAGAUUAUGCUUAUGGAUCAUGGCUGUGAGAUCACGAAAUCUUUAGCAUGGGAUGCUCGUGAAUAUGCGGUUAAUGCUGUUAGAGGUAUACCAGAGAGAAGUUAUGGAAAAAUACCGAAAUACUUGCACAUGCUCAGAGAGGCUAAUCCGGGAACACAUUCAUCGUAUGAGAUUGACAGCAAAGGGAGAUUUCGGUACCUAUUUAUUGUAUUUGGGCAAUCGAUACGAGGAUUUAACAGAGUCAUAAGGAGGGUUAUUGUGGUUGAUGGCACUUUUCUGAAGAACAAAUACAAAGGAGUUCUAUUGGUUGCAACUGCUGUAGACGGAAAUUCUAAUUUGUAUCCUCUUGCAUUCGGAGUAGUCGACUCAGAGAAUGAAAAUUCUUGGGAAUGGUUUAUGAGACAACUAAAUAGUGUCAUUGCUGAUGAUCAUCAUUUGGCUUUCAUUUCGGACAGACAUGCGGCCAUUGCUAAGGCGCUUGAGACUGUGUAUCCAACAGCUAAACAUGGUAUUUGCAUUCAUCAUUUGUUGAAUAAUGUGGUAACAUAUUACCAUGGGAAAGGACUUGUUGGGUUGGUUUCAAAGGCGUCCAAGGUUUAUAGAGUUGCUGAGUUUGAAAAGAUAUUUGCUAAUGUGUGUAAUAUCAGUCCGACAAUUGGAAAAUACCUAAGGGAUGCUGAAGUCUAA